UGAUAGCCAGUUAUUAAAGAUCACGCAAAGCAGGGAAAAAAUCUUAGCUGCUGCAGAGAGAAUUUUUUCCUUCUAUUUGUUCACUUUGUGUCUGACUCUUACAAAAAAGAGAUACCGUACUUACAGCUGUUCCACAGAAUGGCAUCUUUUAGCAAUGGGCACAUUUCUGGCUGUUUUUCUGUAUUCCAGUUCUUGUGGUGCCUGGCUCUGUUGUGCAUUUUAUCGAGAACCACGCGUGCCCAAUUUCCACGUUCCUGUGCCACACUCGAUGUAUUACAAAGCGGGGAAUGUUGUCCUUCUCUCACGGGCUCUGCUGCAGACCGCUGUGGCUCCACUUUAAAUCGUGGUGAUUGUGUGGAAGUGGCUGCGGACACUCGACCUCAUGGCCCCCAGUAUUCCCUGGAUGGGUUGGAUGAUCGCGAGCGGUGGCCACUUAGUUUUUUUAAUCGCACGUGCCGCUGCAGGGGAAAUUUCUUCGGAUUCAACUGUGGAAAAUGUAAACCAGGGUUAUCAGGGGCGAACUGUGAUCGGGCUAUACAAGCAGUUCGCAGAAACAUUCUGGAGCUAAAUGCAGCAGAAAAGCAACAGUUUAUUAAUGCCCUGCAUCAGGCUAAGCAGACUGUACACCCAGACUACGUAAUAGCCACCAGGAGGCGUGCAGAGAUCUUUGGACCUGAUGGAAGCACUCCUCAGUUUGAAAAUGUGACUAUUUAUAAUUACUUUGUCUGGACCCAUUAUUACUCAGUUAGCAAAACAUAUCUUGGUGAUGGGCAAGAGAGUUUUGGCGGAGUGGAUUUCUCUCAUGAAGGACCAGCGUUUCUCACUUGGCACAGAUAUCAUUUGUUUCAGCUUGAAAGGGACAUGCAGGAAAUGUUGCAGGAUCCAUUAUUUGCCCUUCCUUACUGGAAUUUUGCAAUUGGAGGAAGUCAGUGUGACAUUUGUACAGAUGAUUUGAUGGGAUCGAGGAGCAACUUUGACCCUACCCUUAUUAGCCCAAACUCCGUCUUCUCCCAGUGGCUUGUGCUGUGUGAAAGUAUAAAUGAUUAUGAUACUCUGGGAACCAUUUGCAACAGUACUGAGAGCAGCCCCAUCAGGAGGAAUCCUGCAGGAAAUGUAGCCCGACCUAUGGUACAGCGCCUACCUGAACCAGAGGAUGUUGCCCAGUGCUUAGAAGUUGGUUUGUUUGACACUCCUCCAUUUUAUUCCAAUUCAUCUGCAAGUUUCCGUAACACAUUGGAAGGUUACAGUGAGCCAUCUGGAACAUACAGUCCAAUAAUUCGUAGUCUCCAUAACUUGGCCCAUCUGUUCUUGAAUGGAACUGGUGGCCAGACCCAUGUUUCGCCAAAUGAUCCCAUGUUUGUGCUUCUGCAUACAUUCACUGAUGCAAUAUUUGAUGAGUGGCUGAGGAGAUUCAGACCUGAUCUGUCAACAUAUCCAGAACAGGAUGCUCCUAUAGGCCACAACAGACUGUAUAACAUGGUACCUUUUUGGCCUCCAGUUACUAACAUAGAAAUGUUUGUUACCGCACCAGAAAACCUUGGCUAUGCUUAUGAAGUCCAGUGGCCACGGCGUAGUCUGAACAUCACAGAAAUUGUGACCAUUGGCAUUGUGGCUGCAUUAGUAGUGGUUGCACUCAUUUUUGCUACUACGAGUUGUGUUGUGCGUGCACAAAAACACUCUGAUGACAAGAUAAGACAGCCUCUUUUGACGGAUCAUUACCAGUCCUAUACAGAAGACCCAGAGGAACUGCACAGCGGAAAGCAAUCAGUUGUUUAAAUAGUUGUUUUACAACCCUGUCUUAUUUUACAUUAGAUUUUAUUUUCUGUAUGUAAACUUCUUUACCCUCAUGAACUGUAUAUAAAAAAAAUCUAUCAAUGUGUAGGUUUUUUUGUGGCUUAUUUCACUGUUUGAAAAGCUUUGUCUGUCUCUUACUAAGGCUAUGUAACACUGUGGACUUCAGAUAGUAGUAGUUGUAUAAAAACUGGUUUUCUUUGUAGUGCAUCUAAAGAUGAAAAGGACAUUAAUAUAUUAAAUUAUAGCAAGUCAAA